AUGGAUAUGGAGUCGGCUAGCAAAGAGGAAUCGUUGGAAAAGCUGGACCAAGAAAUCACGGUAAACUUGCAGAAGAUCGACUCGAAUUUCAGUUUUUGCUUUAAUAAGAUCACCCAAGACAUCAUACCGCAUGUGGCUAAGUACUCAGAAGUAUGCGAGCGGAUCAUGGACAGCACCGAGUGGCUGGGUACCAUGUUCCAGGAGACUGGGCUUGUGAACUUGCAGGCCAACGCCGCGUCAGAGAAGAACACCCCCGCCAAGAAGAAGAUCGAUAAUGAUGCUAGCAUGUUUCCCACAUCCACGGAGGACCCGAGCGGGGCGUUUCAAGCCCAUGGUGAUGGCGACUUUGUUCCGGUCAUGGAUGCCAACCGGAACACUCAUUCCAUGUUCACUAACGACGACACAGACGAUUUCCACACAGCAAACAUAACGUCAACCGGACAGGUAUUGAAGCUGCCCGAUUCUAGUGAUGAAGACAACGGCGGCGAGGCGCCAUCUUCAAGGAGCCAACGAGACCUCGCUGAAGAGGAUCAUAGCGACACCGGUCACGACCAGGACGAAAGCACAAUCCAGAGACAAAGUCGGAAGAGGAAAAUCUCGUUACUGUUACAGGAGCAAUACGGGUCCAGCUCAAGCAUGGUGCCGUCCCCCAUCGUGCCCAAUAAAAUGCGCAAGCAUUUACCGCGCGAAAGCCAACAUAAGAUGAAUAACGAUGAUGACGAGAACAGUAAUAGUAUAGAAAGCUCGCCUUUAAAGCAGGAACACCGCUCAAAGGGACGAUCGGAUGACGACAACGAGGGGCCAGACGAAGAGGAGAGUACGAAGGAGGUUCUUAAGCCAGGAACUAUCAUCCAUUUCUCAACCAAUAGAUAG